AUGGCAAAAAUUCCUUAUGCUCCACCUAAUGAUUUGGUGGGAGCAAAUUGGUUCUCUGAAUGCGUAGAGAAAAUGAUCUAUGUACGCAAAAUGUUAUUUGAAGGAAUUCGAUUAUGCGAUGAUGAAGAUAAAGUUUCAAGCGCCGUAGUAGAAAAAUUAAGACGAGGUGCAUGGCAAUUAACAGGUCGGGAGUGGCAGGAGAAAGAGAAGGAUGGUGAAGGAGAUGAGACAAGCGUCGUAUUACGAGAAGAGCAAGAAGGCAAUUGGGUCAUGGUUAAAAAGUGCCGAGGACGAGGCGAUGGCGUAGAAUACUCGCUCUAUCCUGAAGUUGUACCAAGAUCAAUGGAAUUAGGAGAUCAUUCCGUCUCUUCUACAUCGUUACGCCAACUAACUAAUAAUAAUUAUCAUCAUAGCACUAUAGCGACGGUAGAUAUUGAUAUGUUGAAUGGAGUUCAACAUUCGCGACAUCAUCAGCACCAAUUACCAGGAGGGAGUAGCAGCGGUAGUAGUAACAGUAGCAGCAACAGGUACAAUACAAAUAAAACACGCAUAAUGAAACCAUUCUUUGAAUCUCUUCUUCACGCAUCGGCAUGUCUUCAAUACACAAUUGAUCAAUAUGUAUACUCGUUAUAUGGGAUCGACACCAAUUUCCAAAUAGCAUUGGAAGAAGAUUUAAAACUGGAAAUAUUUGAAGUAAUAACAACCACUUAUCCAAGAUGGAAUGGCUCAUCGUCAUCUGCAUCAUCACCAACAGAUAGUAAUCUAAUGACACAUAAAUGGGGUGAAAAGUUGAUCCGAGAAGUUGAACAAGCGAUCAACGAAGGGGAGAAUUUGUUAAGACAUAAAGGAGUGAAUAUCUCAACGAGUACAAGUGUAUAA